UGAUCUGAUACGGACUACACCCAGCCGCUGCCUCACUGCCCUGGCUUUCUUUGCUGCCCCAGCCUUCGCGUUGCUCAACGUCGAAGUGUGGGUUAGAUUGGAGACUCUAAAUUGGCCUGCGGGGGGUUUCUUUCAUUUUUUGUCUUGCCUCUUAUUUGGCGACCAUACUCUGAAAGCUGUAGUUUAAAAAAAAAAAAAUUAAAAAUACUUAUAGCAUCAGUUUCUUGAAAAUGUCUUGGCAAAGCUACGUGGAAAACCUGAUGGCCGAUGGCAGCUGUCAGGAUAGCGCCAUUGUUGGGUAUACGGACGCCAAAUAUGUUUGGGCAGCACAUGCCGGCGGUACUUUCAACAAUAUCACGUCUCAGGAAAUAGACGUCCUUAUCGGUAAGGACAGGGAGACCUUUUAUACCAGCGGUCUCACUCUGGGCUCAAAGAAGUGUUCAGUCCUCAGAGACAGCCUCCAGGAUGAGGGGGACUGGACAAUGGACAUCAGGACAAAGAGCCAAGGAGGAGAACCUACAUACAAUAUCUCUGUGGGAAGAGCUGGCAAAGUUUUGGUUCUUGUAAUGGGCAAGGAGGGGGUCCAUGGAGGCGGCUUGAAUAAGAAGGCUUACUCAAUGGCAAAAUACUUGAGGGAUUCAGGGUUUUAAUGUUUUCAAGCUCACUUAGAUAAAAUUGAGGGACAAAAAGAAGAGAAAAGAAAUAUUGCUGUUAAGAUUUCUCCUGAAAGCAGUCAAAUGUCUUGGAAACUUUUAAUAGCAAUGAAGAGUGGUAAGAUGCUGUAUCACCUUUGUUUCCCCCCCCCAUCCAUCCUGUAGGGGGGGGGGAAGACUCUUCAAUUCUGUUCAUUUCUCUUUUUUUUCCUUGUGUGCUCCAGUAUUGGUUAUAGUCAUGGGAAAGGAGGCGGUCCAUGGUGGAAAUCUUAACAAGAAAGCACAUGCAAUGGCUGAGUACCUGAGGAAGUCUGGAUAUUGAGCAACCUCUCCACCCGUUCGUCACCUUAGCAGCUCACUACCACUCACCAUAUUGUGUUGACACUACUUCCAGGAUUAGGUGGCAUACAGUGUUACUUCCUAUCCAGUCUACUUUUAUACACAACCUUUUGUUUGCUUAACUCCCCCUCCCUUAUAUAUAUUUUUUUUAAAUGUUCCCCACUUUAACAUUGUACUUCAGUUUCUGACACUACAGUAAUGGCAUGUUCAUUGAAAUGUUUAUUAACCACAAAUGUGCAAAAAAAGAUUGCAAAGUGUAAUAAAAUUGUUCAACAAAUUUGGACUCGCCUUGUAUAACAUUCACUGCAGCAAGUGGCUAAUAUUAAAAAGGAAGUACAUAUGUAAUGGUGGUGACAGUUUGUAUAGUUAUGCUUUUUUUUUUCUUUUUC